AUGGGAAAAAUGGGAGAAGGAUCAUGUUCUGAAGAAGAUUUGUUUGAUUUAUUGAAUCAGUUCGAGCAUAUUCUUGAGUCUGACCCUCUCAUUGAUGAAGUAGGGUUUAUUCAUCCCUCACAGUUCACUCUGCUGAAUAAAGAAGCAGGUUUCUCCAGUGAGGUCCAGCCUGAUAACAGAACCUGGAGAAGUUUCUGGAAUCAGGAUCACAAACUUGGAAUAUCGACCGAUGUACUUAUUCGAUUAUGUAAAGAUGCAAAACAUGUGUUUCUCACUGCAUUUGAGGCGUACAAAUGCGAUGUAAAAGCAUGUAGUGAGUCUUGUUCCAUUUGUACUCUUGAGAGCGAAGUCAUGAAGCAUAGCCAAUCUGUUUUAAUGUUAAGUUCAGACUUUGGAACUGCAUGGAAUGCUAGGAAGUUGAUCUUGUCGAAAAAGGAUCAACCUUGUGCAUUCACGGAAGAACUUCGUCUUUCUCGGCUUAUUCUUUCAAAUUGUCCAAAGAGUGAGGCAACAUGGAGCCACAGAAGAUGGAUAAUCAAGAUGAUGGCUCAGAGAUUUUCCACACCACAAGAGAUUAUCACCAAAGAAUCUGAGCUAGUGGAAGCAGUAGGCGAGAGAUCAAAGAUGAACUAUCGUGCAUGGUAUCACCGUUGCUGGUUGGUUUCCUACAUGACAAUUGAGCAGGUGCUACAGGAGUUGAACAAAUCUAAAAGGUGGGCAGGGCUUCAUGUAGCAGACAGUUCUUGCUUCCAUUAUCGCAGACGGCUGAUGCUCAAGAUUCUGGAGCCGCUCAACGUGAAAGGAAGCACUGCUUAUGACAAAACUGAGGCACAUAAGAUCUGGAUGGAAGAGCUUGAUUGGAACAAAGAAUUGGUAGAACGUUACGUGGGACGAGAGGCUUUAUGGCUUCAUCGGCGCUUCCUCUCUCUUAAUUGGAUAAUGUAUUUUGCUUGCAAUCAUUCAGAUGUUCCAUCUGAAACCGGACAGAGUAUUAUUAUGAAUGAAGAGACUGUCAACUUCAUAGACAAUGAAAUCCUUCUUCUAGAAUCUUCUAUGACGAUUCCGGAUACCAAGUUUGAAGAUUUUCAAGCUCAAGCACUGCAUGCUGCUGCAUACAUGCUAUGGCUGACAAAGCAUAUUCCGGAGUUGUGGAGAAUGCUCGAGGAGAAGCUUGGAACAGAGAAACUCAAGUGUGUACUAAGCACAAUUGCUCAAGAGAGAUCUUCACUUUUGCAUCAUUUGGUGAACCAUACGGUUAAUCUUGCAUAA